GAUGCUGGUGCGGUCCCGGUUGCCGAACCUCCUUCCCCGACUCUGCGCCCUCCCUCCCAGCCUCGCCAUGAGCAGCGUUACCGGUACCAUCACCGUCCAGCAGCCCCUCAACUACCGAGCGGGCGUCCGCGUUCAGCCUGCUGACGGCGGCCAGGCCGAGGAGGUGUAUGAGCCGGCCACAGGUCGUGUGAUAAGCAAGCUGCUCUGCUCGGGGGAGAAGGAGGUCGAUCUGGCUGUGCAGAGUGCAAAGGCUGCCUUUAAAAUAUGGAGUCAGAUGUCUGGCAUGGAGCGGAGCAGGGUGCUGCUGGAGGCUGCCAGAAUUAUUCGGGAGCAGAGAGAAGAAAUUGCCACCUUGGAAACCAUCAACAAUGGGAAAUCUAUCUUUGAAGCCAGAGUGGACAUUGACAUAUCCUGGCAGUGCCUGGAGUAUUAUGCAGGACUGGCAGGAUCUCUAGCUGGUGAACAUAUCCAACUUCCUGGGGGAUCCUUUGGGUACACUCGGAGAGAGCCCCUCGGGGUGUGUGUUGGGAUUGGAGCCUGGAACUACCCUUUCCAGAUUGCCUGCUGGAAGUCUGCCCCAGCCUUGGCUUGCGGCAAUGCGAUGGUCUUCAAGCCCUCUCCCUUCACCCCCAUUUCGGUGGUGAGGUUGGCGGAGAUCUUCACAGAGGCCGGUGUGCCCAAGGGGCUCUUCAACGUGGUGCAGGGUGGAGUGGCCACAGGCCAGUUCCUCUGUCAUCACCCAGAUGUGGCCAAAAUCUCUUUCACUGGCAGUGUGCCAACUGGCAUUAAGAUCAUGGAGAUGGCAGCUAAAGGGAUCAAACCAGUCACCCUGGAGCUGGGGGGCAAAUCCCCCCUUAUCAUCUUUUCAGACUGUGCCCUGGAGAAUGCUGUGAAUGGAGCCCUCAUGGCAAACUUCCUCACGCAGGGCGAGGUAUGCUGCAACGGCACGCGGGUGUUUGUGGAGAGGAAGAUACUGGAUGCCUUCACAAAGGAGGUGGUGAAACGCACACAGAAAAUUAAAGUUGGAGACCCGCUUCUGGAAGAUACACGGAUGGGAGCCCUCAUCAACCGGCCCCACCUGGAUCGUGUCCAGGGCUUUAUCAAGCAGGCGAAGGAGCAGGGGGCAGAGGUACUGUGUGGUGGGGACUUGUAUGUACCAGAUGACCCAAAGCUGAAGAAUGGCUACUACAUGCGACCCUGUGUGUUAGGGAACUGCACGGAUGACAUGACAUGUGUGAAGGAAGAGAUCUUUGGACCUGUCAUGUCCAUUCUGCCAUUUGACACAGAGGAGGAGGCUGUAGAGAGAGCCAACAACACCAAAUUCGGCCUGGCAGGUGGUGUCUUCACCAGGGAUAUCCAGAAGGCUCACAGGGUAGUGGCUGCUCUCAAGGCUGGGAUGUGCUUCAUUAACAACUACAACAUCAGUCCUGUGGAGCUACCUUUCGGAGGAUACAAGGCAUCAGGAUUUGGCAGAGAAAACGGGCGGGCAGCCAUCGAGUACUACUCGCAGCUGAAGACUGUCUGCGUGGAGAUGGGCGAUGUGGAAUCUGUGUUUUAGUGGCUCUGGGGCCUGCUCAAGGGACCAUCAGCCAGUUCUUGCCUGUCAGCCAGAGAUGUAGAUCAUUUACACAGCAAUAAAGUGCUCUAAAGUUCUAAGUGCUUUGGGGAGAGCAUAGCUGGAGCAGCGUUUAGCCACCCUGCUCCUGCAAGGG